GCCUUCCUUAGCAACACGGCCAUCGUCACAAUGAUGAUUCCUUUGAUUGUGUCCUGGGCACGGACGCUGGACGUAAGUCCGGGGAAGCUCCUGAUGCCGCUGUCUUUUGCUGCCCAACUUGGUGGCUCCUGCACACUCAUUGGGUCUUCUCACUGUCUGGUGGCGCGCGACAGCGUGGACAAGACAUUGUAUGAGAUGACCUUCUUCGACCUGUCCUACAGCGGCACCAUCCUUUCAAUCAUCACAUUUGGUUUCAUGGCAGCCUGUUUGCCCUUCCUGGCAUCUUCUGCUGCGGCGUCAGAGCCUAGCUCCACUGUCGACGACAGGCAGCCUCUGCAGAAGGAGAAUCUUUACACUUUGCAGUUUUCUGUUCGGCCGGGCGCGGCCUAU